CUAGGAGGUAGUAUCCCAAUCGCAUGGCGGUCAACAGCGGUACCUGUCCGUCGCGUAGGCUAUAGACUACAGCAAGGUACCAUUCAGAACUAGCCGAGUGCCCACUCCCCCGAUCAUCGAACGGACGCGGCUCGAUUCUUAUGUGCGAGCACACCGACGCCUUCGACGGCAACUUCCACCUCACACCGGAAGAUGCCUUUGAGCACAAACACCGCCCUCGCCAAGCGGGAUCACCUCGACGAUGACAGCGGCAGCAGUCAUGACCUCGAUCUCGCACACAUUCCGCCGCCCAACAAGAUCCCUCGCACCGAUGUCGACUUCUCCGCCCACCCGCAGCACAUUCUCCACGAAAACAAUCCUCCCAAUGCCGUCGCGCAACUACAACCGCAACCGCAAUUGAAUGCGCCUACCUCGUCGACUUCCUCUGCUGGCGGCGCAACCAAGCCGAAGAAGGCAUCUGGCGCUUCGACAAGGACAGGACAGGCCUGCGAUCGCUGCAAGGUCCGCAAGAUACGAUGCGAUGCGCGACCUGGAGGAUGCUCGCCAUGCAUUCAGAACAAUACGGAAUGUAGGACCACCGAUCGUAUCACGGGACGCGCCACCUCGCGCGGCCACACGGAGCAGAUUGAGAAUGAGAACACGGCCAUGAAGAUGUACAUCAUCGAGCUACAGCAGCAAUUACGAGACGGCGGCAUCCAGCCCAAAGAGGCCCCUUCCGCACAGAACAAUUAUGGACAGUACUGGGGACAACAGCAGCAGCAACAGCAGCAGCAAGACUCGCAUGUGAAUAAUGGCCCUGUGUAUCCGGCACAGAGCCAGAAUGUGCUGGCCGCGACCGCGACCGCGGCCUCGCCUAUGCGCGACGAUCGACAGACACCACAGGGAGGGUCAUUACUGCCAGACUUUAGAUCAGGCUGCAUUGGAGACAAUUAUCUGGGCGUCUCGUCGGAGAACGGCUGGUUGAGCCCGAUUGAGGGCACCUCGCUUGCUCUAUUUGGCACCAAAGUCGACUUGGUCGAGCUCAUGCCAGCCGAUUCCGACCCAGCACAGAGUGGCAUGUCCUACCGAACUUUUCUCUUGCAUGCUUUCGGCCGCCAACAGGUAUUCCGUCCCGAGCUCCCUGCCUACGAGCAGUGCAAGGUGUACGCCGAAUGGUACUUUCGCUCCAUACAGAACUUCAUACCACUGCUGCACAAGCCUGACUUUUUCGCGCUGAUCUACAAGAUCUACCAUGAAAACUACCAGGCUAAUUCCGCUGAGCUCGUCAUGGUCCAUAUGGUCCUCACUGUCAUCAAUUUUCAAUUCUCCGUGCGCAAUAAUAACGAACAAGCCCGCGAGGAUUCCAUGAGCCACUAUCACUAUGCAUGCAGCCUGAUCCCAGAUCUCAUUACUGGUCACACGCUGGCAGACAUUCAGGCUCUCACUCUCAUUUGCUCACAGCUACGCAAUCAGCCUCGGCCAGGCGCGGCGUGGAUGUUCACGAAUUUGGUGCUCGGCCUGGCCAUCGAAUCUGGAUUGCAUCGAUCCGCAAAAGCAUGGCCUAGUUCCGGCGUCCAGCAGGACCCGCACCACCUCGAGAUGAGAAAGCGUACGUUCUGGACGAUACUCAUAUUCCAUGCUCACCUGAGUGGCAAGCUCGGCCGGCCAAUGCCUCUGCGUUUGGAAGACUUUGACAUCGAAAUGCCUGAGGCGAUACCAGACAACAUGCCAGAAGAGAACUUCAACAGCUGGAAGCAGUGUUCAUUUCGUGCCAGUAUCGAAGGCUUCAAGCUGCUCAAGGUCAUGAUGCAGGUCUACUCCACCAUAUACUCGAUCAAGUCGACAGGACAGUACGAAACGAACGUGCGUCAUCUCGAGAAGGAGCUGGAGUCGUUUCAGGCUCAGAUCCCACCGGAGUUGCGAGGCGGCCCAGAGACUCGUGACGAGGAUCGUGUGUCCGCUCUAUACUUGGACUUGGGAGUCGCAGAAUGCCAGUUACUGCUGCAUCAUCCUGCGUUGUGCCGAUCGACGUCACCACAGUUAAUUUCUGGCAACUUGGAUGUCUGUCUGCACUGGAGUGGCAAGCUCCUGCAAUGCGCAAUCGCUCUGAAAGGACUGAAUGCUUUAGAUACUACGUGGUACUCGACCACAAAUUUCUUGGCCGCCAUUUUCACUACGCUUUUUGCACAUACUGAGCGCAGAGAUCAGAUGACAACCACCGACCUUCAGAGACUGAAACAAGAUAUGGAUUCCUGGCUAGAAAUUUUGGCCGAAGUCGCUACGCUUCUAGGUCUGAGCUCAAAUCUCCAAUCCGCUAUUCGCCCAAUCAUCGAUUUUUCACUCAGCAACAUUCAGCGCCACAUCGCAGCCAAGACUGCCGCAGCAGCACUACCUGCAACCUCUUCGCCCGGGGAGACGCAUGCUCAAGCAUACGCAAAUGGCAAUGGCUAUAACGAGCAGUAUUCCGGCGAACACAGCAGCAACGGAGAAGUGCACGGCAACCACGGUCAGGCUUAUGUCAGUCCUCACGACGAACAGAACCACGGGUACCAAGCGACCGCUCAGUAUGCCUACCCAGCGCCACAUGAGUCCCAUGUUUAUCCACCAGGGGGCUUGAAUGGGUACAACACUACAAGCUAUGCGGACGACACGAAGCCGAACCUCGAAGAACAGCUGAUGCGCGUAAACUCGCUAGCAGACCAGCAGGCUGCAGAAGCUGCUGCAUCACGUGUCGGGCCACAUUCGGCACCAACCAACUUCCUCGCGGCCUUUCAAUCACCUACUACCCAGCCGUCCAAUGGCUUCGACCAGACGCCGCCGACGGCAGGCAUUAAUGAGCAGGUUGGCACGUAUCCACAAGCCGGGCCAGUGGCUUGGAGGCACUUUGCAGAUACCAUCAUGCCUAACGACUACAUGGGCCACGCGGGCCACUCGACAGCGUCUCUCUUGGCAUUGAGUGGAGGCAAAGCUGCCGAUGGCACGAAUGGGAAUAUGGUUGCGGCGGCACAGAUGGGGAGCUUGCAACUGCCUGUGAGUGAUGGCGCACAAGCACCGUGGCCUCUGCUGCAUUACAGCAGCGGGAACGAAGGACAUUAGUCGGGUUAUGUAUGUUGUUGUACUUUUCGAUGGAUGAUUGUCGACUGGCUUCUUGGGGCCUGGGUGGAUAUGGCCUUUUUACAUUCGAUUUCAGCAAGGCGUUUGGCGUUUCGCCCGGGCUGAAAAAGCCAUAUGGAGACGCUCUCAGACUCCACUGUGCUUUGCACGUACUCGUGCCAGACGAGAAUUGAGAGCAGGAGUUUUGGGUUUUGCUGUUUUGAUAAAUUUAGAGAUACCACCUUCGCCAAUUUGGAUUGCAUUCGCUUGAGACAUGUUACUUCGAACUGGGAGC